AUUGGAAAAGGGCAUGGAAUAAUGACAGUUCCUAAAAUACGGGUGCUGAGUCUCUACCACAUCACAAUAGGAUUUGCAUUUGAAGUUGCUGAGAACAGAAGCUAUUGGUUUUAGCUGAGCUCCAUCUCUAGAGGUCCCUUCCAAUCUCUGCAGUUCUGUGAUUUGGGGCUGUUACUGUGCUGAACUGGAACCACUGAUGUGCCAGUGGUUUGCUGUACUCAUCUUCUGUUCCAAGCCUGUAGAUGGUGGCAGGGCUGGGCUAAUCCUGUCGGGUUGAGGCCUGAUUCUUCCUCCCCUUCUGGAGUGGCUCUCCCAAGUUCUCACACAGACUAUGCUGUUUGGAUGUGAACAAUGCAGGGCACACUGAAGGUCUCAGUAUCUUAGCCAUCUGACUGGAAGUGUGCACAAUCUCUUUCCUGCAGGAAUGUGGAACCCAGCUGGAAUGCCUACAUAAGCCUUGUUAAUCAGGAAGAGGCUUUGUGAUCUGCUGUAGCAGGAAAUUGACAGUGCUGACCUUGAAGCAUGUUAGUCAUCUGAUGCUGUGAAGAGCAAUUUCCUACAGCUGGGAGGUGUCUAGGCUGUCAGGGACUGAGAAAUUGAGGCUGAGACCAAGUGUCUUAUCUCACCCUUGGUGGUGAAAGAUAGUAGAUUAAACUGCUGAGUGAUGAACCAGAAAGAAGAGCAAAAGGAGGCUGGGAAUCCAUGAGUGAAACUGCACGGGAUUGUUGGGAUUCAGCGCAGCUCUCUGUAGGUUGGUAUCUGUUAAUGACAGAUGGCAAUGUCAGUACAAAUGUACAUUUUCCAGCAGAUCUGGUGGCUUCUCGUGAGAUGGAAUAGAGGUCUCUGGUUCUGGGGCUUUCUGUAGUCUUCAGAAUUGAAUCCAGAUUCAGAUUUUGAAAUGCUUGAGUUGGCCACAGUCCACUUCAUUUCUGUAAUAGCUAAAAGCAGUUUUUGUUAAUUGGCCUAAUUUUAACUGAAUCAUAAUAAUUUAGGCUGCAAAGGACAUCAGGAGGGCAUCUGGUAUAGCCACGUGCUCACAGUGCAAAUAACUGCACUUUUACAGUCCCAAGAUGAACAAAAAAUCCCUUUCAGACAAAGCAAAUGGGAUCAGUUUCCUUCAGCCUGCAGUAUGACAGCACUGAGCUGUGUGCAAACAGUAUUUAUAGUGGGGAAGAUUUAGUCAGUCUUAAGAGUGGGUGUUGUUAUUGUGAGAGCUGUUAGAACGCUUGUCUAGCUGUUAGCUUUGGGAUCUUGAACCAGACUUGGUUCUCUUCCCUGCGGCGUGGACAGGAUUAUUAAUCACCACACUCACAGUGCUAAUGAUACGCUCACAGGACUCAAGCGACACUAGGGCUGGAGCUUGGCAAGUGGUAAGUUGUCUGGGUGUGGUGUGAGCAGAACACUGGCAGCAGCACACUGGCUGCAUCUCUGGUGCACAAAAGGGACUUUGCAUUCAGUUAACAGGGCCAAGGCUUAGAAAAUGCCAUCUUUCAUAUGUAAAUUAAUUGCACUUUAUUUAAAAAAACAUGUUCUGCUCCUUACGAAAACACUUCUUAAGGGAGGAUUUCAUUUUAACCUGAAAGUAGCUGAAACAGAUGGGUAGACUCUUCCUGUAGAAGACACAUUAGUAAAGAAAUAACACAGGGAGGAUUUAUCUCCUGGACAUAUUUCCUUUUCUCCUGCUGCCUUCCCGCCUUGUUCAGGCUCUUAGUAUCUCUGUGGCAAUUCUGAAAGAUCUAGAAAUAAAAAUCCAGCCAUAUGUUUGUCCUGCUUUUAAAACUGCUUUUAAUCUGCAGUCAUGCUGAAAAGCCCGUUCUCUGACCUGUUCUAUUCUGCUCCUGCUCCUUGCAGUCUCCUUCUGCACACAUCUCACAGGUGUGCACAGCCUUGUCACUUGGCAUGGUAUUCACCUCAAUGUGUUGGUGUCUGUAACCUCCUUUCAUUUGAGAAGGCAUCCUAGUUUCCCUUUAUAGUUAGAGACACCCAGAAGACAGUUUAGCUGAUCAGAUGAAGACAUGCUGCAGUAGGUCAACCUGUGCUCUGAAAUGUCUUUGCUUAGGUCUGCACUGAUUGUGGAAGAAGGGAUACAGGGUGGUUUUCUCAUAUGCGGAGUUCGUGUAGCAAAUCCUCGUAUAUGCUGAUGGCUGUGGCUCUGUUCACCUCUAGCCAGGUUGCUCAGUUGCCAUGCUCUUGUCACAGUAAAUACACUGCCUCAGCCUCUGUCGUCGUGUGGCGGUCAUUCCCAGGAGGGGCGAUGAACUCACCCCUGCUAGCCACAGCUCUGCAUUACACACAGAGGUAGUCAGGAGCACAUGACUGCUGAUCUCCUUGAUUCAGCUGCUUGGACUACAGCAUCCCAAUGGAACCAUACUGAGGUUUUCUCCGUCAGUACAGUCUUUCAAAACUGCUAACAGCAAACUGAAUGGUGUAAGCAGAGAACAGCCGGCUAUCUGUCAUCAGUAGCAUCCUGCUCUUAAGCUGGGCUGUUGGUCACUGCUUUAAAUAUGCCUGCAUUUCCCCCAAGAAACGUGAAAUUUGGAUACGUGAGUGCAGGUAUGUGUCUAAUUACCCUCAUUGUGCAGCAAAACCAGUUGAACAGCAUGUUUAUAGAAACUGUCCUUAAGAGCGAUUGCCUCUUGAAGGAGCAUAGCUCAUAUAAGAGGAGCGGGACUGUCUCCAGCCAGCCCUGGGAGACGAUGCUGAGAGCAUAUUGAAAAGCUGUCUUCAGCAGAAGCUUGCCAGUUUAACAACUCCGCUCACUGUUCCUAUUGCACAGUGGGCUCUUUGACGCAACAGAAAGAGCUGCUUUUUUUUUUUUUUUCCGCUUCCUCUUAAAUCCGCCUGGCCAAUUUAAACCUUGUGGAUAUUUCUUCCCCCUCGGGAAAAGCUUAUGUGAGGAUUUUCUCUUUUAACAGUUUGUUCUGUGAAACCAUUUUUUUAAAAUUGUUUGCUGUUAGAAAAUGUUGGAGCUGAACACAAGGCUUUCUUUGCAGGUCAGUGGAUGAACUCUUGACCAAAGCAUUUAACGUUUGAGUGUAGCUUUAGGAAGCACUGUCCUUCUGGAGGAAAAAGCAAGUUAGCAAGGUUGUAUCAUCUGAGCCCAUGUGUGCUUACAACAGGGGUAGGAAUCUUUUCAGGUCUUUCAUGGCUGUGUUCUGUGCAGAUGAAUUUGCUGUCCUUACUCUGUAGACAAAUAUUUUAUUAUUAUACUGCAAACAGUAAGAUCACAUCACUGUUAUGUCUAUAUAAUUAUUGAUUCUCUACUCCUUCAAAAUGCAAUAAACCUUACUGGCAGUUUCAAAUAUCAAGUUCUUUGCUCUUUUAUUUUGAAAGGAUUUUCUUUUUGAGGUGGUGGUGGUGAUUUUUUUUCUUUUGAGCUUAUUUUCAGCAUGCUUUACUAGGCAGUGUGCUGCCCCCUGAGCACAUACUGUUUGCAGGGAAGAUAAUUACUUAUUUUGUAUUUCUUCUUAGGUCGCUAUCAAGAGAACUAAGAAAGGAUGUAGAUGUGGUGUUGAUGUCUCUCUUCAGGGUGUGUCUGAGGUAGCCUGACCCUGCAGUAUUUUGGUUUUAAGAGAAGCAUCAUCUAAUUACAUCUUUGCUGUGCUGGUGGAAAAAGGGUCUGGCCUGUCAUAGGCUGUUCUCCUUGAGAAAGAAUUCUCAGUUUUCUCAGUGAUGCAGUGUUCCCCAGCUGACACUGAUCAGGUGUUUAUAGUCCCAGAAAAUGGAGAAGCUGGAGUCUUCACAGCUAGGCAGUUUUGGUGUAGAAGGUUCUUAGCUGAACAAGGCAAGCUAUCUUCCACAGGAAGCCAACUUUUAUAGCACAUCCAUAGGAAGCGGUUCCACUACAGCCUUUCACCAUGUAGGAGAGAGACUGAAGAUGUAGGCAGCUGGCAAAUGUGAAAGCGAUGAAGAGGUGUUGUGAGGCUGACAGUGCUUUUUAUAGAGCGUGUGUUUUCUGGGAAGGACGUAAGAAGGGAGAUAAACAAGUGAUGACUGUGGCAAGCUGAGAAAUAGCUGCGGCAGACCAAGAUGUGCCAAAGAGAAGAUCACUGCAAAAAGCAGCUCUGCAGACUGUUAAAAUAUUGAAAAUAGUUAAAAGAUCAAGAAUACCCCUGGAUAAUUCCUUCAUAGAGAGUAAUAGUCCAGCAAGACACUGAUGUUGGGCAGGGGAAAUCGAUGUAGAAGUUGAUCAAGUCUUAUAGAAGACUUUUUGGCUCAAGAUCAGAAAUAACUCUGAAAAGCACAUUGUCUCUUUGGUCCUCGGCUUCCAUCAGCCACCAGCCACAUUGUAGCAGUGUAGAUGUUGCCAUGAGGAUCAGGAGGUGUCCUGUCUGCUUUGCUGUUUAUCUUUUGAUCCUGCUGGGUAAACAUCAGAGAGAGCCUAGUAUGUGGGCAGAGUGCACAUUUUAAGAGAGCUGUCAAGCCAGUUGCUGUACAUACAUGCCUCUGAAUAGAAGUACUCCAAGUCCAGGGGACUCUGUGGCACUGCAUGAGUGUAAGAACCAUUCCAUUUGUUGGGUUAGACUCUGCUUUUUGAGAGAUGAUGCUCCGACGAGGAUUUCUUGUAUUUGUCCCUCGACUUGUAGGCCUGCUGGUGGUGGCCUUUUGCUCUCUGUCCAUCGUUUAUAUGUUGGCUUGCACACCCAAGGGUGAUACUGAGCAGCUUGCCUUGCCCAGGGUGCACAGUCCGACUGCAAAGGAGGGAUAUGAAGCUAUUCUGCAGGAACAAGAAGAGGAGCACCGCAACUACAUCAUCAGCUUGAAGAAACAAAUUGCCCAGCUGAAGGCUGAGCUCCAGGGCAAGAGCGAGCAGCUUAAGAGCAUGCAGGACCAGAACCCAAAUCCCUUGGACAUUCGUCUUGACCACAGUAACCCAGAGAAGGCCCAGGUUAAUCUGCUGGCUUUCCUCCGUGCACAAAUAGACAAAGCAGAGGUGCACAGUGGUGUUAAGCUGUCCACAGAGUAUGCAGCUGUACCCUUUGAGAGCUUUACCCUGCAGAAGGUGUACCAGUUGGAGACAGGGCUGACACGCCACCCAGAAGAGAAACCUGUGAGGAAGGAUAAGCGAGAUGAGCUGGUAGAGGUGAUCGAGUUAGCUGUUGGGAAUUUGAACAGUCUGGAGGGAGACAGCAAUACAAAAAAGCACCGUGUAUACACAACUUCUGACUUCGUUGAAGGGAUCUACCGCACAGAAAAAGACAAAGGCACAUUGUAUGAGCUGACUUUUAAAGGGGACACAAAACAUCAGUUCAAGAAAGUUGUUCUAUUUCGGCCAUUUGGUCCAGUAAUGAAAGUGAAAAAUGAAAAUGUCAAUAUGGCUGACACACUUAUUAAUGUCAUUGUGCCAUUGGCCAGGAGAGCAAGCAAGUUUCGUCAGUUUAUGCAAAAUUUCAGGGAAAUGGGCAUUCAGCAGGAUGGGAGAAUUCACCUCACAGUUGUUUACUUUGGAAGAGAACAAGUGAAUGAGGUCAAAUCUAUACUUGAAAAUACCUCAAAAUCAACCAAUUUCAAGAACUUCACUUUCAUCCAACUGAAUGAAGAGUUUUCCAGGGGCAAAGGAUUAGAUGUUGGUGCUCGAGCUUGGAAAGGAAGUAAUGUUGUUCUCUUUUUUUGUGAUGUGGACAUAUACUUCACAGCUGAAUUCCUGAACUCCUGUAGAUUGAACACACAGCCAGGAAAGAAAGUUUUCUAUCCUGUUCUCUUCAGCCAAUAUAAUCCCAGUAUAAUUUAUGGCCAUCAAGAUUCCAUCCCAUCUUUAGAACAGCAGCUGAUUAUUAAAAAAGAAACUGGAUUUUGGAGAGACUUUGGUUUUGGAAUGACUUGCCAGUACAGAUCUGAUUUUAUCAACAUAGGUGGCUUUGAUCUGGACAUUAAAGGCUGGGGUGGUGAAGAUGUACAUCUGUACCGCAAAUACCUUCACAGCAAUCUCAUCGUGAUCAGAACACCCGUCAGGGGUCUCUUCCAUCUCUGGCAUGAAAAACAAUGUCUGGACGAGCUGACCCCAGAGCAGUACAAAAUGUGCAUGCAAUCCAAAGCCAUGAACGAGGCUUCUCACGGCCAGCUAGGGAUGCUUGUAUUCAGGCAAGAGAUUGAAACUCACCUCCACAGACAGAAACUGAGCAGUAAGAAGACCUUAAGCGAGAAAUUUGCUAACAAAAGAUGGGUUAAGACUGAAAGAGAAUGAAGAUUUCAACAGGCUGGAAGCAAAAGCAGAUGAGGGAAAGUGCUUGUCCUCACUGCUUCUGAUUUUUCUUAAUAGCGCUUUUAAAUUCUCCAUUAGCUUGUCCAGCACUUGCUUCCAGGGGAGACUUGAACACUUGGUGAGAUUAAAGGUCAUGGAGGAAUGAACGUUUCAUAAAUACCAGUGUGAUACAGUAACAAAGGAGAUGCUCUUCCAUUGGAAUGUUUGUAAGAUGCAUGCAGUUGUUUAAAAGAUUGACCCUUCGGUGGAUCAAUAAUAAUGAGCUGUUUUCUACGCAUCUAAAAAAGGGCUGCGUUCAAAGAUACAGAGUUCUUGCUCUGAAAAGGAAAUCUGGUUAUUAACAGUGGUUAAGCCGGAGUGACCAAAAGUCUUUUUUCCUUUUUUGGGACUUGGGGGGGGGAGGGGGACAGCUGCAGUGUACUUACAAGAUUAUUCACCAGUUGGUUCAGUGACAAGAGGCAUUUCAGUGCUUUCUAAAAUUCAGAAAGAGAAAACCCUGCCAGUCAACUGUUAUUUUUCCAGAACAUAUGAGAUUAGUGUUGAUUCUAUUUUGUGGACCAAAAUAAGUAAAGUAAACCAAAAGCAAUCGCCUGUGUCUGUAUCACAUGAAUCAGAUGGUGUAUUUCUGCUUUAGAAUACUGUAAGUAUCUCGACAUUGUUUUCUUAAAAUGGAUUUGGUUUUGCCUGGGAAUUAUGUUAUCAGUACUUGUGGUUUUCAAAUUCUAGCCUUACUAGGAAACAGACAACUUUCCAAUGCUUGGAAAAUGCUCUGCAGAUCUGUUUUUCCUGGAUGGGAACUUUGUUCAGAUAAAUGAAUUGAUUUCACUGUAGAAUCUGAGUGCUGGAAAGAAGAAGCUUUAUGCUGGAGAAGAGGAAAUGUAUUUCAACUUGGACUACUGAUUUAGCAGGAAACUUCAAAUUCUGAACACCAGUCACAAAAACUAUUGAAAAAUUUCUGACUUUAUACCAAAGUAUUCCAUCUGAACCAAAUCUAGAAUCUUGCCCAGAGUAUAGCAGAUUUUGUAAUUAACAAAAUAAAUUUUUUUUAUGUAUUACUAAACCCUGGAAAUUCUUUUAUAGUAAUUGUGUGUUCAUAAAAUUAGCCAUCUUAAUAGAUUUUUUUUUUUUUCAGUGAUCUAAAACUGUUCCAAGUGAGCUACUGCUGUUGUGGAGUGGUUUAAUGCUGACUGCUGUUUAUCAUUUCAGUGUUUAAUAGCCAAAAAACAUGUGUGGGUUUGUCAAUCCCAUUUAUUUAUCUAAAUGCUGUUUCUCCCAGGGGUCUCUUUGUUUUAUAGCUUUAGAUUAAUUCAAGUUAGUCUGAAACUAGAUUCUAAUGUGGUUUUGGGGUUGUAAAAGCUAGGGGCGACAAGUAUAAAAGAUAACAAUUAUGAAUGAAUAAAAUGCCAUUUGUCCUUUUGCUGAGUGAUAGGAAGAGUGCUUAUGAACCUCUCUAGAAAGCACUGCAUGCCGAAUCUGCAGAGAACAUGCUACUACUGUUAGUACAUCUUCCUUUGUACAUUUACAUAUUUGCCUUUUGUUAGAUGCAAGUGACCUUCAUUGCACUUUCCAUGUGGAACACCAAACAUGUCCCAAAACAGUGCAAAAAUACACAAGGAUCUGCUGGAAAGAGAACUCUGUGCUUAGAAAAGAACUCUUAAUGCGUCACUUACAAUGCCAUCAGCAAUAAUUCAAGUAGAUCUUCCAAAGAAUGUUUUCUCUUUCCAGCACGCAUGAUAAAUUGUUUAAAUUUAAUCUGUUCUGAUGGAGACAUCUGACAAAUGUUAUUGUACUGGGAGGAGUCAGGCACACUGAAUGCAUCUGAGGGCUGUGAUCACUGCUGUUACAAAGUGAAAGCUUUUCCUACUGUCCCAUUUAACCUGGAUUUGAAAAUAGAUGAUGCAUAUAAUAGAAAUUUCGUAAUUGCAACCUGCCUUGAACUUGACCUUUUCUAUUUCCUGUGAUAUUUUCCAUCAUCUUCUUUAGGUAUAACUUCAGCCCUGAGCAGUUUAAUGUUACUCUGAGGUUGGCACAUUCUACUUGUUGAGCAUGGCUGGAUGAUCUCCAGAAGUCCAUUGAAACCUCUAUU